CAUACACUCACCGGCAUCCAUCCCACCGGGGAAGAGAAGGGUCUCUUGAGGCUGAGUCAGGGAGGGGCAGAGAUGGGGGUUCCCCUAACCAUGGAAACCCUAAGCGAGCGAGCGGUCUUCAUGAGAGAGUCUCUCCAGAAGAGCCAGACCAUCACUGACAACAUGGUCGCCAUUCUUGGCUCUUUUGAUCACCGCCUCUCUGCUCUUGAGACCGCGAUGCGUCCCACCCAGAUAAGAACACAUUCUAUUCGAAGAGCACAUGAGAAUAUUGAUAAGGCAUUGAAGGCUGCUGAGGUUAUUUUGGCACAAUUCGAUCUUUCUCGCCAGGCAGAGGCUAAAAUACUUAGAGGGCCACAUGAGGACCUUGAAAGUUAUCUAGAAGCAGUUGACCAACUGAGAAGUAAUGUUCGUUUCUUCAGCAACAACAAAACCUUUAAGAGUAGUGAUGGGGUGCUGAACCAUGCAAAUAAUUUGCUUGCAAAGGCCAUUCUUAAGCUGGAAGAGGAGUUUAAACAGCUUUUAACAUCUUACAGCAAACCUGUGGAACCUGAUCGUCUCUUUGAUUGCCUCCCCAACUCACUGCGGCCGUCGUCAGGAUCACCUGGGAACCAAGUUGAUUCUAGUGGCAAAAAUCCAUCCACACAUAAUCACCCAACCAAAAGCUUAGAAACUGCUAUUUAUAAGCCUCCAACUCUUAUUCCACCAAGGAUUCUGCCAUUGUUGCAUGAUCUAGCCCAACAAAUGGUUCAAGCUGGUCACCAACAGCAGCUACUCAAAAUUUCUAGGGAUACCCGUGCUUCUGUUUUGGAACAAAGCCUUCGUAAAUUGGGUGUGGAGAGACUUAGCAAAGAUGAUGUACAGAAGAUGCAAUGGGAGGUUUUGGAGGCUAAGAUUGGGAACUGGAUCCAUUUCAUGCGAAUCGCCGUGAAACUGCUAUUUGCAGGGGAACGUAAAGUCUGUGACCAAAUAUUUGAUGGCUUUGAUUCUCUCAGGGAUCAAUGUUUUGCUGAAGUUACAGGAAACAGUGUAGCGAUGCUACUAAGUUUUGGAGAGGCUAUUGCCAAAAGCAAAAGGUCACCAGAAAAGUUGUUUGUGCUUUUAGACAUGUAUGAGAUUAUGCGAGAGAUUCAGCCGGAGAUACAUAUACUUUUUGAUGGAAAAGCUUGCACUGAAAUGCGAGAAUCGGCAUUGGUUUUGACGAAGCGGCUGGCCCAGACAGCACAAGAGACCUUUGGCGAUUUUGAAGAGGCAGUUGAAAAAGAUGCUACAAAAACGGCUGUUUUGGAUGGAACUGUGCAUCCUUUGACGAGCUAUGUCAUUAACUAUGUGAAGUUUUUGUUUGACUAUCAAUCAACACUGAAACAACUUUUUGAAGAGUUUAAAAGUGGUGAUGAAGCAAAUUCUCAGCUGGCAUCUGUUACAAUGCGUAUAAUGCAGGCUCUUAUGACCAACCUGGAUGGAAAAUCUAAGCAAUAUAAAGAUCCUGCUUUGACACAACUAUUUCUUAUGAACAAUAUUCACUAUAUGGUCAGAUCCGUCCGAAGAUCAGAAGCAAAGGAUUUGUUAGGGGAUGAUUGGGUGCAACGACACCGAAGAAUUGUGCAGCAACACGCAAAUCAAUAUAAGAGAGUUGCUUGGGGAAAGAUUCUACAAGUUGUGUCUGUUCAAGGUGGUGGUAGUGGCUCAGGGGGAGGUGAUGGAGGAAGCGGGAGUGGGAUUUCAAGAGCAACGGUGAAAGACAGGUUCAAGACAUUCAACGUUAUGUUUGAGGAGCUUCAUCAAAAACAAUGCCAGUGGACAGUGCCUGAUAGUGAGCUGCGAGAAUCUCUAAGACUAGCAGUUGCCGAAGUCUUAUUGCCUGCAUACAGAUCUUUCGUUAAACGCUUUGGACCUCUGAUAGAGAAUGGGAAGAACCCUAUGAAGUAUAUAAGAUAUACACCAGAGGAUGUUGAUCGAAUGUUAAGUGAAUUUUUUGAGGGAAAGACAUGGAAUGAGCCAAAACGAUAGACUUCAUAAGUGAAACCUGCUUCCUAUGUGAUUGACAUUGUCUGUAUUUUCUUCAUUUGUGAUUCAUUCUGUAUUGGGGAAUGAUAAUCACAUGGGGAGCGCCCGGGCGGUAUAUCUUCUUUGCCCCACAUAAUGCUUGUAACUUCUCCUCUUGUUUUUUAAUUUUUCCUUCUCUCACCCUAAUUUCUUUCGGUUACAAUGUAUUGUCAACAUUUAGACUAUAGAUCAAAUGUGGAUCUGUUUCGUUGGUAUUGUGGCAAUUGUACUAUUAAUCCAGGACUCGUGACAAGUUUAAUUACAAAAGCGUUCUACCAGGUGACAAUCAGCAGG